AUGUAUAGAAUUUUAUUCUGUAUUAAAAUUUUUCUAUUUACACUCUUCAUUUGGAUAUUCCGCGCUGCUUCUAAUUAUGAAGUUUCAUGUUAUGACUUAAAGGUUAAGGCAAAAAAUGCGCAAAAUGAUGCUCAGUUAAGAACAUCUAGGCUACUAUCAUCAAGCGAACUAGAUGUAGAAAUAGAAGAAGAAAUAAAUGAUAAUGUAGUUGAUUCACAGGAAAUAGCUUCAUCAUCAUCAAGUUCAUGCAGUUUAGGUAGAAGUAGUGAAGAAUUUGUCCGAGAGAGUAGCCGAGACAUUAGCCAAGAAAUCAGACGAGACCUUGACCGAGAGAGUAGCCGAGACAUUAGCCAAGAAAUCAGACGAGACCUUGACCGAGAGAGUAGCCGAGACAUUAGCCAAGAAAUCAGACGAGACCUUGACCGAGAGAAUAGCCGAGACAUUAGCCAAGAAAUCAGACGAGACCUUGACCGAGAGAGUAGCCGAGACAUUGACCGAGACCGAAGCCGAGACCUUGACCGAGAUAUUGAAUCAUUUAAAAAAUACAUAGCAGAUGUGGCAACAAGUGAUAAACCAUUUAAGGAAAAAAUGGACGAUACAAAAGCUUAUAUCAAGAAUAUGGAUCCAAAGGUAAGAAAAAAAAUUAAACAAGAAAUUAGGGACAAGGUAAAUGAGAGUGAACUUAGUAGACGUCGAAGUAAAAGUCCGAAAAUAUGUCGUAAGUGUAAAGGAAUGAUUGAUAAAUUAUAUUAUGAUGAUUAUAAAAUGAUGGUUAAAAUGAAAAAGAUGGAAAAAAGAACGUCAGCUCUUAUUUUUGGAACUGGUGUCCUAUCUGGUUUAUUAGCUUUUCUUUUAAUACCCUUUGAAUUAAUUACAUGCUCUGGAACACUUUUUGCUUUGGCAUUCGUUCUACUUAUCUUUCUUUUGAAGAAGAUUUAA